AUAUAAUUAACGUAUUUUAAAUCCCGCUAAAUUACAUUGACAUAAAAUUCUCACGCAAUAUUUACCGCUAUAACACGCUAAAAUUUUCCUUUUCGUUCGGUAAGACAAAAAAAGUACGAGUGAACUCCGAUAUGCCAACAAAAUUUCAAUAACGCUGAACAUCAUAAUCAUACUGUUGAUAUAUUUACAAUUAAAGUUUGAUUUUCUUGAUUGACGUAUAUAAAUAUACUUCAGAGUUAGUUAGAACAGUUUUAAGAUUAAUUACCAUAUUUCAGUAUUAAUUUUCACCUGAAUUACACAUUACAUCAUCGAAUAUAAUUAUAAUUAAUCGAAUUAUACAAUGGUUCAUUUAGGUCCAAAAGCCCCUCAACAUAGAAAGGGAUCAUACUUUGAUGUUCCUGAAGCUUUGUUAAAUGAAUUGAACAACCUUGAAUCAUUAUUAACUGUUUCAGGUAAAACCUUACAAACCAUAACUGAUCAUUUCGUUACUGAAUUAGAAAAAGGUUUAACCAAACAAGGAGGUAAUAUUCCAAUGAUUCCAGGUUGGGUAUUAGAUUUCCCAACUGGGAAAGAAUCCGGAGAUUAUUUAGCCAUUGAUUUAGGUGGAACCAAUUUAAGAGUUGUCUUGGUUAAAUUAGGUGGUAAUCAUGAUUUUGAUACUACUCAAUCAAAAUACGCUUUACCAGAAACCAUGAGAACUGCUAAAAAAGAAGAAUUAUGGGAUUUCAUUGCUGAAUGUUUAAAGAAAUUUGUGGAUGAAGAAUUCCCUGAAGGAGUUGAAUCACCAUUACCUUUAGGUUUUACAUUUUCUUAUCCAGCUAGUCAAAAUUCCAUUAAUGAAGGUGUUUUACAAAGAUGGACUAAAGGUUUUGAUAUUCCAGGUGUUGAAGGUCAUGAUGUUGUUCCUCAAUUACAAGAAUCCAUUGAAAAGUUUAAAGUUCCAAUUGAAGUAGUUGCUUUAAUUAAUGAUACAACUGGUACUUUAGUUGCAUCUAUGUAUACUGAUCCAGAAGCUAAAAUGGGUUUAAUUUUCGGUACUGGUUGUAAUGGUGCUUAUUAUGAUGUCGUUAGUGAUAUUCCAAAAUUGGAAGGUAAAUUAUCAGCUGAUGUUGCUCAAGAUUCUCCAAUGGCUAUCAAUUGUGAAUAUGGUGCUUUUGAUAAUGAACAUUUAGUGUUACCCAGAACUAAAUAUGAUCUUCAAAUUGAUGCUGAAUCUCCAAGACCAGGUCAACAAUCAUUCGAAAAGAUGAUUUCUGGUUAUUAUUUAGGUGAAGUAUUAAGAUUAAUCUUAAUUGAUUUAGCUUCCAACUUUAAAUUAAUCUUUAAAAAUCAAGAUUUAACUAAAUUAUCAAAACCAUUCAUUUUAGAUACUUCAUUUCCAUCUAAAAUCGAAGAAGAUCCUUUUGAAAACUUAUCUGACGUUCAAGAAUUAUUUGAAUCAGUAUUAUCCAUCACCACUACUUCUGGUGAAAGAAAACUUAUUCGUCGUUUAGCUGAAUUAAUUGGUGAAAGAUCAGCUAGAUUAUCCGUUUGUGGUAUUGCUGCUAUUUGUAAGAAGAGAGGUUAUAAAACCGCCCAUUGUGCUGCUGACGGUUCAGUCUACAACAAAUAUCCAGGAUUUAAAGAAAGAGCUGCUAAAGCAUUAAGAGAUAUAUUUGAAUGGGAAUCAAAGGAAGAUCCAAUUAUAAUUGUCCCAGCUGAAGAUGGAUCUGGUGCUGGUGCUGCUAUUAUUGCUGCUUUGACUCAAAAGAGAUUAAAGGAAGGAAAAUCAGUUGGUGUCAAAGCUUAAGAGAACAGGUCGUAGAUCCACUGUAGAGUAUAUUAGAGUCUAAGUAGUGUUUUUGUCAUUUUCCUCUACCGUAUAUAUUAAAUUUAUUUUACUUAUAGAUCUGUCCUGUUUGUACACCUCUCCAAGAUUUUUUUUUUUGCGGGCAAAAC